UGGGUUUAACCAUCACGCAUUUUCAGAAGAUGGCGACCAGUGUCGAGGGGUUGCCCCUGGGACAAGACAGGUUUGGGGAUAUAUAUAACAAUGAUCCCGGGGUAUAUGAACCGGAAUGUGAUUGGAACGAGGACCAGGGUGGGUAUCCAGAUACUCAGCAGUUUCUGGAACAGUUCCAGGCAAUGCAGGAGGAACAGAAGAAGACAGAACUUUUGGAGGCACAACAGGCGGCAGAAUCAGCUGCAGCAGAAAUAGCAAACCUACCUUUAAAAGGAGAUUAUCAGGGUCUAGGGGGACCUCAGAGCGUCCCCCUGUACUCGCCGAAAGCAUUUGAAAGACCAGAGCAGUUGCCCCAGGGUGCCUCCAUCUUAUCUGAAAUAUUCAUGGAACCAACUGUAGAUCAGAUUAAGGCGUACAAGAGGGUCAUCAUCAAAGGAAAAGUUUGUGAGAAUAAGAAUCGAUUGAAGACGACAAUAUUCCUUCACUACACGCUCGUCUUUCUUAUUAUUUCAAAAUUAAUGCCGGAAAUUCUAGACAAGGUUGAUAUUUUCAUUCUGGAAGUAGAAGAAUUGUUUGUUCCUAAGCCUUAUCUAUGGGAGUGGUGCUGGUUACUAUCUGUACCUGUCACUUUCUUUGGACUAUCUGCUUGUAAUAAAUCUAACCUUAUACCAAUCAGACGAUUUAUGAUUGGUAUCCUGGUGUUCUCCCUUCUCCCUAUCCUGGUUGGGAUGGGUAUACAUGGAUCACAGGUUUAUUCCUUCCUAGUCCUAGAUAUGGAGGAGAGAACAGAGGACAUUAUAUACUGGCAGGGUUAUCCCUAUUCUGUACUUUGGUAUGCCUUCUUCUUCCUUGCACUCCAGGUUCAUUGCUAUGAAUUGUACUUUGCCAACUGUUUAAUGAAAGCCUGGAUGCCUGUCAUCAAGAAAACUGAAUAAUGAACUGAAAAAAUGUUAAUGCCCCCCCCCCCUCCUUAAAUACAUCCCAGUUCUAGUCCUCUACCCACCCCACCUUAGUAGAAUAUUUUUAUUUUUUCACAUUUUAUCAUAUUCCUCACUUUUUUACCUCCUCCCCCUACGGCCCUGCCAUUCCAUCUAACAUUUAAUACUUAUAAAAAUAUUCUUUUGCGUAUACUUUAAGAUUUUUAAUUCCCCCUCUGCCCCCUCUCCUCUAUCUGCUGUCCCAGCUUUUUUAUAUCACUGUUUAUGACUUAAAGACUCAAAAGCCAAACAUGGAAAUUCAUAAAUUCGACUAUGGAGGGAAAUUUAAUAAACAUGAGGAUUAAAAAAUGGUAAUGUUAAAGCUAAAUAAACAGAAAGGAUGCUGAACAGGUUUUGAAA